GCCUUUGGGGCUGACCUGAUGAGUGUCAUGAUCCCAUUGGCUGAAGAGCAGCUACAGUGUCCAAUCAGACCAUGGAGGCAGAGCAGGAUAACAUGACUCCACUUGAACUGGAAAAGAAGCUUCUGGCUUGUUACUUGUUGAGCUUUACAACAUGAGCAAGGUGGUUCUGGUGACUGGAGCAAACAGUGGAGUUGGCCUGGCACUCUGUGAGCGUCUCCUCUCACACAACAGUGAUGGUCUCCAGCUGUGUCUGGCCUGCAGGAACAUGCAGCGAGCUGAGGCCACUCGCUCUCACCUCCUCACCUCUCACCCUGCAGCCCAGGUGGACCUGCUGCAAAUGGACACCAGCAGCAUCUCCUCUGUCCUCAGGGCAGCACAAGAAUUCAAACUCAGGUAUGCCCGGCUUGACUACCUCUACCUGAAUGCAGGGAUCAUGCCAAACCCACAGUUUGACGUGAAGGCUUUCGUUAAAGGUCUCUUCUCCAGCAAUGUUAUCAACAUGUUUUCCACCGGUGAGGGCAUCCUGACCCAGAAGGAUGGCAUCACCAAUGAUGGCCUACAGGAAGUUUUUGCCACCAACCUCUUUGGUCACUUCCUUCUAGUCAGGGAGCUGGAGCCGGUCCUGUGCCACGCAGGGCAGACCUCACAGCUGGUUUGGACCUCCUCUAGUAACGCUCUUAGCUCAACCUUCAGUCUUGAUGACAUCCAGCACCAGAAAGGCACUCAGCCCUACAGCUCCUCGAAAUAUGCCACAGACCUGCUCAGUCUGGCCCUGAACAACCGCUACAACAAGCAGGGUCUGUAUUCAUCCGUCAUCUGUCCUGGGUUUAUGUUGACAAAUAUGACCAUAGGGAUCCUCCCAUUCUACCUCUGGAAGUUGCUGAUGCCUUUCUUUUUGAUGUUACGAAUAUUCACCAACACGUUGACUCUGACAACUUAUAAUGGAUCUGAAGCUCUGUUCUGGGUUUUCCUGCAAAAGCCUGAAUCACUGAACCCCUUCUCUAAGUACCACAGCUUAACAUCAGCACUUGGAAACAGCUACACACAACCUCAUAAGAUGGACAUAAAUCUGGAAACAUCUGAGUCACUGUAUGAGAAAUUGCUUCAACUAGAAAAGGACAUGAGAGGAAAACUGAAGGACAAAGAAAAAGAAAGCCACCAUGCCAAGGAGACCUGCAGGAUUUGAAUCUUAAUGUCAGGAUGACCCCUGAUGCGCAUAUUUAAAGCUUGAUUUCGUAUUUCUGUGUAAGACAGCAGAUCAGACAUAACACAAGUGUACAAAUGAAAAACUAGCAACACAUUUGACUCAGAAAUGAUCUCUGCAAAUUAAAAUAGAAUCAUGACAAUGAAAGAUUUACCAUCA